GAUUUGCUGAAUUUAUAUCGCCCUAACAUAACAGCACUUGAAAACGAUAUUAUUGGAUAUACAAAAGUGAGACUUGAAGGAAGUGCUUCAGUAUGUCGUGUAGCCGAAUGUAAUCUUGGAAAUGUUAUUGCUGAUAGCAUGGUGUUUGCAAGAACAGCUCAAGACGAAGGUGGAAAGUUUUGGACUGAUGCCGCGAUAGGUUUUGUCCAGGGUGGUGGUAUACGCACCUCAAUUGAAAAGCGGUCUGAUGGAGCAAUAACCGAGAACGAUGUCCUCACGGUACUACCUUUUAAAAAUGAUAUUUACAUGACCAAAGUUUCCGGUAAAACAAUUCGUAACGCCCUCGAGCAUUCAGCUGAAAUAUUCGACAAAGAUUCAAAUGGAGGUUUCCUGCAAGUGUCUGGUAUCCGAGUCGUGUAUAAUUUAACAAAUCCAGUAGGGAAACGUGUACAGAGCGUAGAAGCUCUUUGUGCAGAAUGUGAAGUUCCUAUGUAUUCGAAAUUAGAUGAUGUGAAAAUGUAUAAUAUUAUAAUAAGUAAAUUUCUUCUGGACGGCGGUGACGGGCACAAGCUUAAUGAGAAUAAUGGAUCCAACCAAAGGCUGCCAUAUGUUGAUAGUAAGACUUUAUCUGAAUAUAUCAAAGCCCGUCAGAUAAUCUACCAAGGAAUAGAUGGAAGAAUUACAUGGGUUGAGCAGAACUCUGGCAUAAACUUAAGUAGUUCUCUUUUAACUAUAUUAGUUGCGUUUGUGAUAAAACGGUUACUUAAUUAACUCGUACUUCAAUGUUUUUAGUAUAUUAACUAAUAAAAUUAUGCAUUAGGAAAGCACAUAAA